AUGUUUCAGGUGAGUGAGCUUAUAUUGGUGGAGCUCAUAGAUGCGAAGCUUGUAGAGGAAGGCGACAAUGGAGAUGCUGCUUCCGGUUUAGGUCAAAUAUCAGUGAUGAAGCUUAAAUACGGGUUACAGUUUAAGAUUUUGAUUUGGGUUGACGAUUUAGGUCAAACAAUAGUGAUGGUGCUGGACAGAGAACGUGAGGGUGAUGGGUGUGGGGUUUCACAAUCGCUGUCGAGCCUGUUGAUGAUUAAAGAGGAAACGGAGGUGGUAAGACGAAGAAGAGGAGCAGAGCCGUUGAGGUAA